ACAAAUACCAAUGCAACUAAUAGCAAAAAAACCAAAUUGUGUAGAACAAGACACACAUAAUUAGCAUAGUUAUUAUGGGGAGGGUUGAGUACUCCCCAUUGUUUGAGACAAGAAGGUGCAGAGGAAGGUUCAUCUACAGGUCCUUUAGGAGGCAUUUGGGGGAUCAAUGGAGUACUGUUGAUGCUCAGUGGGCUCAGCUGAUUGGACUUAUAAGCUUUGCAAUUCACAGGUAAGUCACAUCACAUGAGAAUGUAGUUGGUCAGUUUUUCACGAGACAAAGUUCUCCCAAACACUUCAACAUGGCUUCUUCAGCUAUGGAAACCUGCAAAUCAGAGGAUUUGCACAUGCAGGUUGACAUUGAGAAGAACGCGAAGGAUAUAAGGUCUCAGUGGGUGCUUAACGCUCAUGAGCCCCCAAGUCCAUGGCGUGUGGUUGCAGAUUCUGUGAGCAAAACUAUCUCCCACUAUAAACAUAAACUUUCCUCUCUCAUAGAUCAACCCUGCACCACACUCCUCCUUUCAGUUCUGCAGGUGGUUUUUCCAAUUCUUGCUUGGGGCAGAAACUACACUGCUACUAAGUUCAGGAAAGAUCUUCUUGCAGGUCUCACUAUUGCUAGUCUUUGUAUUCCCCAGAGCAUUGGGUAUGCCACCUUGGCACAUCUUGAUCCUCAAUAUGGCCUUUAUACAAGUGUGGUACCACCACUUAUCUAUGCUGUAAUGGGAACCUCGAGGGAGAUAGCAAUUGGUCCAGUGGCAGUGGUUUCUCUUUUGUUAUCCUCAAUGAUGGAGAAAUUAGUAGACCCUGCUACUGAUCCAGUGGGUUAUACAAAGCUGAUUUUGCUUGCUACUCUCUUUGCUGGUAUCUUUCAGACUUCCUUCGGACUCCUCAGACUUGGGUUCCUUGUGGAUUUCCUAUCCCAUGCUGCAAUAGGUAAAAGGAAGAAGAAACUAUUCUGGUUGGCAUCAAUCUCUCCUCUUGUAUCUGUUGUUGUGUCAACUCUAAUUGUGUUUAUCACAAGAGCUGAUAAAAAUGGAGUUAAAAUUGUGAAACAUGUAAAAGGGGGGUUGAAUCCAAGCUCCAUCCAUCAGUUAGACUUCAACAACCCCUACAUUGGAGAAGUGGCCAAAAUUGGACUAGUGGUUGCUGUCGUUGCCCUUACUGUGAGUAACCAAUUAUAA